CCUACAUUAAACGCGCAUGCGAAUCCGAAGGUUAACUAAUAUGUCAACAAAUAAAUCAGCUGUUAAGCCGACGCACAGCAGCAGGCUGUUUAUAUGCCAUAGCCAGCAGAGCUCUCUUUAAAAUCUCAAACCGACAGUUUGUGCCCAUCGCUACUUCUCGAAUCACCAAUACAGUCACGUCUCGUCCUCGUCACCGAUAGCACUCGCAACUACCAACACUUUGAUCCCCAGGCACCAAUACACAGGGGCGCGCACCCCACCACCCUCGUACGUGAGAGCGUAGCAGCGGACCAGCCGAUAAAAUGAAUGAGAAUGAUAAGUCAGUUAAGUGCGAGAACUCCGCCGAGGAGGAGGAGGACGAGAUGUUCGAGCGUGAGUUGGCCGAGGACGCGCAGUGGAAGCGAAUUCAACAGAACACCUUCACGAGAUGGGCGAACGAGCGGCUGAAGGCGGCGAACAAGCACAUCGGCGACCUGGAAUGCGACCUGUCCGACGGUCUCCGGCUGGUGAGCCUCAUCGAGGUGCUCUCGCAAAAGCGGCUGCCGAAACACAACCAGCGGCCCACCUUUCGCUCUCAAAAGUUGGAGAACGUGUCCGUCGCGCUUAAGUUCUUGGAGGACGAGGGCAUCAGGAUUGUCAAUAUCGACUCUUCGGACAUCGUUGACUGUAAACUCAAGUUGAUCCUCGGUCUAAUAUGGACUCUGAUUUUGCAUUACUCAAUCUCGAUGCCCAUGUGGGAAGGCGAUGACGACCAGGACAAGGGCGCUACCCCGAAGCAAAGACUCAUGCAUUGGAUCCAAUCGAAAGUACCAGAUCUGCCGAUCACGAAUUUUACCUCCGAUUGGAACGAUGGCCGUGCGGUGGGUGCACUCGUUGACGCCGUUGCACCUGGGCUUUGCCCAGAUUGGCAGGACUGGAAUCCGAAAGAUGCAAUCCAGAAUGCAUCCGAAGCGAUGGGUCUCGCUGACGACUGGCUCAAUAUUCCUCAGCUUAUUAAACCCGAAGAGAUGGUGAACCCAAACAUCGAUGAGAUGUCAAUGAUGACAUACCUGUCACAAUAUCCCAGCGCAAAAUUAAAAUCAGGUGCACCUCUGCGCUCCCGCACGAAUCCAAACAGCAUCCCACCGCCGCGAGUGCGCGCUUAUGGUCCCGGUAUAGAACCAACCGGUCCGAUCGUCGGUGCGCCGGCCAACUUCACCGUGGAAACCUUCUCCGCCGGCAAGGGCAAUGUUGACGUCAUCAUCGAUGAUCCUAAAGGGAACAAACUACCGGUUGAUAUCAGAUUCAACAAGGACAGAAAUUUGACUUACUCGGUGUCGUACACGCCGAAGACGGAAGGUCCGCACAAGGUGAAAGUGCUCUUCGCCGGCCGGGAGAUCCCGAAGAGUCCGUACACCGUUAAUGUCGAGGGGCACGCCGGUGAUUCGAACAAAGUUACGGCGAGCGGACCUGGCCUGCAACCGGAAGGAGUUGUCGUCAACAGGCAUACUUUCUUCGACAUCUUUACGAAGGAUGCCGGUCGCGGUGUACCGGAGGUCAUCAUUUUGGAUCCACAGGGUAGUAAGACCACCGUGCCGGUGAAGCUGCGCCAAACCUCGCCAGACGUCUGGAGAUGCGAGUACGUGUCACCGGUGACGGGUCUACAUUCCGUCAAUAUUUUCUUUGCCGGCAAACCUAUACCCGGAAGUCCCAUCGGGGUCAACAUCGCACCGGUUUCCGAUGCGAAGAAAUGCAGAGCAUACGGACGAGGGUUGUUGUCUACCGGUGUCCGCGUGCAGGACAUCGCUGACUUCGUUGUUCUCACCAAGGACGCUGGCGAAGGUGUACCAGACAUUCGCGUAAUCGGCCCGGGAGGGGUCAAUCGACCGGUGCAAAUGACCAAAACUGAUCCUACGACUUACAAAUGCCAUUACACGCCAGUUAAGGAAGGUCGUCACGUAGUAAUGAUCACGUAUGGCGGUAAAGAGAUUCCCAAGUCGCCUUUCGAGGUCAACGUGGGUCCUUACAAGGAAUCCAACAUCAGGGCUUUUGGACCCGGUCUUCACACCGGCGUUGUCGGCCAUCCAGCGAAAUUUACAGUGGACACAAACGGUGAGACUGGUGCCCUUGGUUUCUCCAUUGAGGGCCCAUCCAAAGCGAAGAUCGAAUGCAACGAUAAUGGCGAUGGAACCGCCGAUGUUUCUUACCUGCCCACCGCACCGGGCCAAUACGCGGUCCAUAUCCUCUGCGAUAACGAGGAUAUCCCCAAAUCGCCUUAUAUCGCGACUAUCUCGCCGAAGACGGGGAAUUUUGACCCGGAGAAGGUUGAAGUACAUGGACCAGGAAUUCAGCCAGAAGGUGUUGCCAAAGAUAAACCGACACACUUUACGAUAGAUGCGAGGAAAGCUGGUCAAGCGGCUUUGGAAGUCGCCAUCCAGGAUGCUCUUGGAAAAGAAGUUCCAUUCAGAUUAGAUGAAAAGCGGGAUGGUACUGUCCAAGCGAACUAUACUCCUACAUCCAGUUCCCAACAUGUUGUGAUGGUGAAUUAUGGCGGAGUGGCCACGAAGAAAUCUCCAUAUAGAGUUAAAAUAGCCUCGCCUUUGAAUCCAGCUAUGGUCUCCGCUUUCGGACCCGGUCUUGAGAAAGGUGUGAAAUCGAAUAUUCCCACACAUUUUAACAUCGACUGUCGAGAGGCUGGCCCUGGUAAAUUGGAUGUUAAACUGCUGAACCCUGAAGGCCGGGAACUUCCAAUUUCAUUGACAGAUAACGAGGAUGGCACAUAUGUCGUAGACUACAUGCCCCCUCAACCAGGAAAUUAUACAGUGAAUCUCAACUACGGCGGCUUGAAAGUACCUCAGUGUCCCAUUAAAGUCAACGUUCAACCUCACGUGGACGUGUCCAAAGUUAAAGUGGAUGGUCUGGAAUCAACGGCCCCGGUGAACAGCCUGCAGCAGUUCCGCGUGAUAACCCAGGAAGCGGGCAGGGCGGCGGACUUCCAGGUAGCGAUCACCGCGCCGUCCGGCAAUCGCGUCAAGGCGCACGUCGUGCCGAGCCACGAGGGAUACCUCGUCAAUUUCACGCCCACCGAGCUGGGCGAGUAUCUGCUCGGCAUCAGCUUCGGCGGCGAGCCGAUCUCGAAUCAGCCCUACCGGCUCACCUGCGUCCACGGCUCCGAUCCGGGCAAGGUGCGCGCUUCCGGCCCCGGUCUCUCCCACGGGGUGGUGAACAAGCCGGCCGAGUUCGUGAUCGACACACGCGGCGCCGGCCAGGGCGGCCUCGGCGUGACCGUCGAGGGACCCUGCGAGGCCGCGAUCAAUUGCAGGGACAACGGCGACGGCACCUGCUCCGUCGCCUAUUUGCCUACCGAGGCCGGCGACUACGGCAUCAACAUCACCUUCAACGAGCAACACGUGCCGGGCUCGCCCUUCCAAGCCAUCGUCGUCCCGGACGCGGAUCUUUCGAAAAUCAAAGUCAGCGGAAACGGCAUCCAGCCACACGGUUUAUUCGUGAACAAACAAACGACUUUCACGAUUGACACGAGAGACAUCGCCAAGUCAAAGACCGACGAUGGUAAAGUGUCCUGCACUAUAAAUAAUCCCAGUGGCGGAAAGACCGAGAAGCUGAUUAUCCCUCAGGGUGACGGCACCUACCGUGUCAGCUAUACCCCUUUCGAGGAGGGCUGCCACACCAUUGACAUUCUCUACGACAACGUACCCAUCCCGGGUUCGCCAUUCUCCGUGAACGUGCAACGUGGCUCCGACCCGAGCAAGUGCAGAGCGUAUGGUCCUGGAUUGGAGAAAGGCAUCGUGAACAAGACAAAUCGCUUCACGGUGGAAACCAGAGAGGCCGGCAAUGGCGGUUUGGGUUUGUCAAUUACGGGCGACGGGGAGGUCAAGGCAGAGGCCAAGGACAACUACGAUGGUUCCUGCACCGUUGAAUACGUUCCCACGGAACCUGGGGAUUACGAGAUUGGCAUCAAAUUCGCCGAGCAGAACAUACCCGGCUCGCCGUUCAAGAUCGAAGUGGUAUCGGACUCGGAGGCGAGGAACGUGAUUGCUUAUGGACCUGGUUUGCAACCGGAGAUGGUACGCGAGGGUGUACCCGCCAAGUUCACGGUGGACACGUCCAAGUGCGCCAAAGCGGCACAGCUGGACGUGAGGCUGUCGACCGACAAGGGACAGGCGCAGAAGCCGCAAAUUAAGAGCAAAGGUGACGGUCUGUAUGAGGUGACGUAUCAGCCACCGCCUGCAGGCAGUAACGUGCACGUUGGCGUCACUUACGACGGCGAGGACAUUAACAGUAGUCCGUACAAGAUAAAGGUCUUGCCCACCGUGGAGCCCAACAAGGUAACUCUAUCGGGUCCCGGCGUGUCACCAGUCUGCACCGCGUCCUUCCCAACUGACUUCGUCGUAGACACUUCCAAUGCUGGAUACGGCGACCUUGAAGUGCAAGUUGUGGGACCGGACCAAGUACCGCGCCGGGUAGAAGUGCAGGAUCUCGGUGACGGAAAGUACAAGGCGACCUAUUUGCCGGACGACUGCGGCCGGUACAAGGUCAACGUGAAAUACGGCGGCAAGGAAGUGCCAGGCAGUCCGGUGAACGUGCAGAGCGUCUCCACCGGCAAGGCGGACCAGUGCAAAAUCAAAGAGGGCAUUCAGCACACCUUGGCUCAGGGCGAGGAGUACUGCAUCACCGUGGAUACCGAGAAUGCAGGCCGCGGUGCAGUGACCUGCCGCAUCCGUUCCACUUCCGGAAGCGAAGUCGUUGACAUUGACAUAGAAGACAACGGCGAUGGCACAGUUAACAUUUACUACACUGUCGCUGAUGCGGGAGACUACACCCUUAGCAUUAAGUUUGGCGGUCAACCCGUGCCUGAAGGAUUCUACACCUUUACUGCAUCCGAAGAAUAUCGGGAACAUAGCACACACAAAACACAACGAGGUCGCAAGUCACGGCAGAGGCAGAAUCAACACGUUGUCGAGCAGCGCAGCAGCUCAACUUUACAAGAGAGCUCUACUGUUACUACAAAGCGUAGCAGUCAGCAAGAAUUAUCGAAGAAAAACUUCAACCUUAUUCGAUUGAACUCCAUUCCUCUACCUAUUGCCAGCGGUGGCACAGUUACCUCCGAAGUGAAGAUGCCUAGCGGAAACGUGGACAAGCCGGUUAUCGAGGACAACCACGAUGGUACGGUAUCCAUCAAGUACGAGCCAAGGGAAGAGGGCCUCCACGAGAUUUAUGUGAAAUUCAACGGCGAGCACGUCCAGGGUUCUCCCUUUAAAUUCCAUGUCGAUUCCUUGGCGAGUGGAUAUGUAACGGCAUAUGGACCAGGUUUGGUCUAUGGCGUCUGCGGUGAACCUGGAAACUUCACCAUUUCGACGAAGGGCGCUGGCGCGGGUGGUCUUUCGCUGGCUGUCGAAGGGCCUAGUAAGGCCGAAAUAUGCUGCCAUGACAAUAAGGAUGGCACGGUGUCGGUGUCUUACUUGCCUACCGCGCCUGGAGAAUACAAGAUCACCGUUAAGUUUGCCGACAAGCACAUUAAGGGCAGUCCUUUUGCCGCCAAAAUUACAGGCGAAGGUCGCAAGAGAAACCAGAUCUCUGUGGGUUCUUCCAGCGAGGUGCAACUACCGGGUAAAGUGUCGGACGCCGAUAUCAAGUCCCUCAAUGCGUCCAUCACGGCGCCCAGUGGUCUGGAGGAGCCUUGCUUCUUGAAGAAGAUGCCGAGCGGCAACAUGUGCGUGUCGUUUACGCCACGUGAAGCGGGCGAGCACAUCGUGAGCGUGAAGAGGAUGGGCAAGCACAUACCGAAUUCCCCAUUCAAGAUCGACGUGAAAGACCGCGAGGUCGGUGACGCGAAGAAGGUUAAAGUCUCAGGUCCCGGUUUGAAAGAGGGCAAGACCCACGUGGAGAACAACUUCUCGAUCGACACGAGGAACGCCGGCUUUGGCGGUCUCUCCCUCUCGAUGGAGGGUCCGAGCAAGGCCGAGAUUCAGUGCAAGGACAACGAGGACGGCACCCUGAAUAUUUCAUACAAACCCACCGAACCUGGCUAUUACAUCAUGAAUCUGAAGUUUGCGGACCACCACGUCGAAGGCUCGCCGUUCACCGUCAAGGUCAGCGGAGAGGGUAGCAAUCGGCAGAGGGAGAAAAUUCAGAGGCAACGAGAGGCCGUGCCGAUCACGGAGGUCGGCAGCCAGUGCAAGCUGACCUUCAAGAUGCCCGGUAUCACGUCCUUCGACCUCGCCGCCACCGUUACGUCACCCGGCGGCGUCACCGAGGACGCCGAGAUCAAAGAGGCCGAGGACGGCAUCUAUGCGGUGGCGUUCGUGCCUAAGGAGCUUGGCGUGCACACGGUAUCCGUGCGUUACAAGUCCAUGCAUAUCCCCGGUUCGCCCUUCCAGUUCACAGUGGGUCCGCUUAGGGACGGCGGUGCCCAUAGGGUUCAUGCGGGUGGACCCGGUCUGGAAAGAGGAGAGCAAGGCGAACCCUGCGAGUUCAACAUCUGGACCAGGGAGGCGGGUGCGGGCACCCUCGCCGUCUCCGUCGAGGGACCCAGCAAGGCGCAGAUAGACUUUAAGGAUCGCAAAGACGGCAGCUGUUACGUCAGCUACGUCGUUAGUGAACCUGGUGAAUACAGGGUGGGAAUCAAAUUCAACGAUCAGCACAUCCCCGACUCGCCGCACAAGGUUUACAUCUCGCCGGCGAUGGGCGACGCGCACAAGCUCGAGGUCGCGCAAUUUCCAGAAAGCGGAGUCCAGCCGGACAAACCGUGCACCUUCCUGGUGCGCAAGAACGGCGCCAAGGGUGAACUGGACGCAAAGAUCGUGUCGCCGAGUGGCAUCCAAGAUGAUUGCUUCAUCCAGAGUAUCGACGCGGACACGUACUCGGUGAGAUUCAUGCCGACGGAGAAUGGCAUUCACCAGAUCCACAUCAAGUUCAAUGGAGUGCACAUAUCGGGCAGUCCGUAUCGCGUCAAGGUCGGGAAAGUAGACGCCGAUCCGGCGGCCCUGCACGCCUAUGGCAACGGUUUGAAGGAGAUCAAAACCGGUCAGAAGACCGAUUUCAUCAUCGACACCUGCAACGCGGGUUGCGGUGCCUUAGGCGUCACCGUGGAUGGACCCAGCAAAGUCGCUAUGGACUGUACUGAGGUCGAGGAGGGCUACAAGGUCAGAUACACGCCUUUGGUACCAGGCGAUUACUACAUCAGCAUCAAGUAUAACGGUUACCACAUCGUAGGUUCACCGUACAAGGUUCCUUGCACAGGCGCGGAUUUGGCGGAGAGAGGCGCGCAAGAGACAAGCUCGAUCGUCGUCGAGACCGUACAAAAGAUAUCAAAGAGCAAGCAGACCGGACCGAUAUUGCCAUUAUUCAAGUCCGACGCGAGUAAGGUGACGAGCAAAGGCAUGGGCCUGAAGAAGGCUUAUUUAGGAAAACAAAAUCAGUUCACUGUUCACGCGGGAGAUGCCGGUAACAACAUUCUGUAUGUUGGGGUGUAUGGACCCAAGGGACCGUGCGAGGAAGUUUACGUGAAGCAUACAGGCCGUAACAAUUACAACGUGAGUUACCUGGUGCGCGAACGGGGCGAGUACAUCGUGAUCGUUAAAUGGGGCGACGAUCAUAUCCCCGGCUCGCCCUACAAGGUCGAAGUUUAAGCCGCACCAGCAUCGACGACCAGACCAGACGCGACACGUUGUUGCAAUCGCAACAAUGGUUAAUCAAAUAGAACUAUGCGUCGUAUGUUUCGUUUGUAUGUUGUUACACGGGUCUUCAAGUUCACGUUUAACUUCGUCGAAUACAGAAACGAAUUAAGUGCCAAACUAGUAAUUCAACAUUGUUAUUCAUUUGGCAAAAUGUAUGUCUAAAAAAAUGAUCCGCCCGAUACAACGCACGUAUCUCGAUUUUUUUUUUAGAAUAGCAGCUCCGGAAGACAAUUAUGACGCCGACGAUCCAAAAGCGCGAUAUGACUUCUCUGCUGACGUAGUUAAUUCUCGUUCAUCUUUCCAAGGUUCUGGAGACAAUUCUGACAUCGUCAGAAUUUUGACGAUUUUUGUUGAAUCUGAAAUAGAGUAGAGUCAUGAGUAGAAGUGACGAGAGUUAAAACGACGAUACAGAAAAACACGUAGGUCAAUUAUUGUUGUUCGUUCAAAAACGCCAAUUGUGCCUUUGAUUCAAUAUAAAUACAUUUACAAAUACAGAGA